CGGCGGGCGGCGGGCGGCGGGCGGCGGGCGCGGCGCGGGCAUGACCCGCCAGGCCAAUGGCGCGGGCGCGGACCCCGCCCCCGGCCGGCUGCCCCCCGGGAUGGCCCAGCUGCUGUCGGCGCUCUUCUACGGGACCUGCUCCUUCCUCAUCGUGCUGGUCAACAAGGCGCUGCUGACCACCUACGGUUUCCCAUCUCCAAUUGUUCUCGGAAUUGGACAGAUGGCGGCUACCAUAAUGAUACUGUAUGUGUCCAAGCUAAAUAAAAUAAUUCACUUCCCUGAUUUUGACAAGAAAAUUCCUGUAAAGCUGUUUCCCCUGCCUCUCCUCUACGUUGGGAACCACAUCAGUGGAUUAUCAAGCACCAGCAAGUUAAGCCUGCCGAUGUUCACGGUGCUCAGGAAGUUUACCAUCCCGCUGACUCUACUCCUGGAGGCCAUCGUACUCGGGAAACAGUAUCCCUUGAACAUCAUCAUCAGCGUCUUUGCCAUCAUUCUCGGUGCUUUCAUAGCAGCUGGUUCCGACCUGGCCUUUAACUUGGAAGGCUACGUGUUUGUGCUCCUGAAUGACAUCUUCACGGCAGCCAAUGGGGUCUACACGAAGCAGAAAAUGGACCCGAAGGAGCUGGGCCAGUACGGAGUGCUCUUCUACAACGCCUGCUUCAUGAUCGUCCCGGCCCUCGUCCUCAGCGCCUCCACCGGGGACCUCCGGCAGGUUCCUGCUGAUGUACUCCACCGUGCUGUGCAGCCACUACAACUCGGCGCUGACCACCGCCGUGGUGGGAGCCAUCAAGAACGUAUCCAUUGCCUACAUUGGGAUGUUAGUCGGUGGAGACUACGUUUUCUCUGUGUUAAACUUCAUAGGGUUAAAUAUUUGCAUGGCGGGGGGCCUGCGCUACUCCUUCUUAACCCUGAGCAGCCAGUUGAAGCCGAAACAGCCUGUGGACGAGGAAAACAUCCCCCCGGAUUUGAAGAGUUAGACUCGGGCAGCCUGGCGACUGAGGGGUUGUUCCAACCUUGGACAUGGGCCGGCCUCUGGUCAAAGCAAGAAAAGGAACAUCUGCAAAACGCAAAGAGAACCUACCUCGCGCGCUGCCAAGCGAGCCACAUGGCCGGAGAACUGCGUCCUGGCAAAGCCUCGCGGCCGAAAGGGAAUCUCAGAAUAAGCCAGUGGGUAAUGGGCUGUCCCAGGGGGUGCGGCUGCUCUGCUGCCCCGGGGCUGCAGGUGCCUGCGAGGUGCAAGGCGCUGGGAGGGCGAUGGCUUUCUCACCAGCACCAAGGCCUUCAUGGCAAAGGUCCCAGCCCAGGCAGUGACUGAGUGCUGUUCGGUUUAAACAGGCGCAUCUUUAUUUUCACAAAAUUACCCAAUUAACUGCCAGUAAGACACCUGUUAGCUUCGAUUCCGUCUUACAUGUUGGUGUUUUCCCAAUUGUCCAAGUGAAAUAAACAAUAAAAUAAACAAUGA